AUGUCUCCCAUACGCGUUGGAAUUGUCGGUUUAUCUGCCAAGGGGUCAGAUAUGGGUCCAGGAGCAUGGGCUACAAUCGCCAUCCUUCCAUCAUUCCAGAACUCUCCAGAAUACGAAAUUGUCGCCCUCUGCAACUCAUCCGUCGAAGCCGCCCGUCGCUCGGUUGAGAUGCACAAGCUCUCCAGCUCUACCAAAGCCUAUGGAGAUGUCGAAAAGCUCGCAAAAGACCCCGACGUGGAUUUGGUGGUCGUUAGCGUUGUCGUUACCAAACAUCUCGAGCUAGCGCUUCCCGCAAUUGCGGCGAAAAAACAAAUCUUUGUAGAGUGGCCUCUUGGAGCUUCAGUUGCAGAGGCUGAAGAGCUAACCCGGUUGGCCAGGGAAAAUGGGCUGAAGACGAUUGUUGGCCUUCAGGGCCGCGGCGAUGGACUCACUGUCAAGUUAAGGGAAAUCGUCGAGAGUGGGGAGAUCGGCGACAUCCUUAGCACUUCUGUCGUGGGCGCCCUUCCGUACUUCCCUCCAACCUUCUGGGUCAAGGGGGCGGAAUAUUAUCUUGAUAUCAAGAGCGGAGGGAACAUGUUCCACAUCGGAUUCGGACACUUUUUGGACUCCUUUACUCAUGUUGUCGGCGACUUCGAUGUCGAUAGUUUGUCCUCUGUUCUCAAGAUUGAUGCCACCAAGGUGCCCCUACACAAUGCGGAUAGGACCAAGGUUAUCGAUCCAGCCUACCCCAAGAGCUCGCCUGACCACAUUCUCGUCCAAGGAAAGCUUGAGAACGGAGCCACAGCUUCGCUCAAUUUCAGAACAGCCAGCGUAACUGUUGAUAAUAUUGGCGCCCGAUGGAUCAUCAGCGGCACCAAGGGAGAAAUCGAGGCUAGUUGGGGACCUGGAAUGAUGUGGCAGGCUCAUAACCCUAGCAAGAAGCUCAAAGUGAAGCUAGCCACUGGGGAGGAGCGGGAAGUCGAACUGAAGAAGCCGGGUACCCCUGCCGUAGCUAAAGUUCCAGACUUGGGGCUGAACACGGCACUGAUAUUGGAUGGCUUCGCCAAGGGCGACGCCUUGAGAUAUGCCGACUUCGAGGCAGCCUUGAAGAACCAUCGACUUUUGGAAGAGAUCUUGCAAAGAUCAGGAUACAAGUUCUAA